GUUGGUCUAAUAAAAGAUAUCGCAUCUAUCCAAAGAACCUUGCCUGCCUAUGUCUUUAGACCAACACGGCUACAACCAAAAACCCUGCUUCACAAUAAGUGAGGUUUGAUGUGUCAUACUUGUACAAUUCACUGUUCAGUGAACUUGUUUGUUUAUGCCAUCCCCUACUCACCUGCUGUUUUAGGCUUUGUCAUACGGUCCUAUGUGCUUUUUUAAUCUGUUAUGGCAGUUAGUCCUGAUUCUAUCUAUCCCAGGAUGUUCUUAAAUGGAUCUCAGAUAUUCUGAUGCACUCUGUUUUCCACAGAACUUUACACUUUCAGACUUUUAAGUCGUACUGCUCCUAGCAUGUCUUAUGGCCUACACUAAAUUUGAUAAUUAUCCCCACAGAUCCCCAUUUUAGUGUUUGUUUUGUCACGUACGUAGCUUGGCUACCUGACCUCCUUUAUCCAGCUCCCAUUUUUAUGGGAUUUUGUUGUCUGACCCAGACUUGUCUCCAUUAAUUAUUCUGCUAUAGCUGUGUUGGUAUAAUUGUAUGGACAUUCUGUUCCAGAAUAACAAAGAUUUUAUUAAAUCCUGUAGAACUCAUCAAUAAAUGUUCUUUCCAUCUCUACCCUUUGGGCACAUUCAUCCAGGAAGGACUUAAUUUUAAAACCAUGCUUUUAGGUCUGACUGCUUGUCUUUGGGACAAAGUAUUUCAUGGCUGACAAUGACACGGGUUGCAAAGGGGAUGAGAAUGAAUUAUUCAGCAGUGCUACUGAAGCUGUUUUUAUACUAUGUCCAGGCCUGGUUCCACAUACAAUUAGUCUAGGAUAUUUUCUUUAGAUGAGCUUGUAGUUGACUUCUGACUGGCAAGUUCAGGACUCUGCAAGCUGCAGGUAAGAAAAAAAAAUGAUACUGAAUAAUAAGUGCCUAGUGGUCACCUGUGUGUUUCAUCCUUUAGUCAUCACUUGGUUGAGUUUCCAUCCCUUUCUUUCUGUAUGGUGCAUGUUGUCAGAGAAUCAAGGUGAUCUGUAUUGGCACUGUAGAAGAAAGGACCACUGAAGGCUAAUGCAGUGUUGGUUAUAAUCAUAAUACAGUGGUUAUAAAUUGCUAGGUCCUUGCCCUUUGCUUAAGUUCAGCUGUGCCUCAUUAUAUAAGAAUUUUUAGGAAUAUGAGGAGGUACAUAACUCUUGAGAGGUGAAUCAGGAUAAUGGGUCUAUUUUGCUGCUUGGAAUCUAGGAGACCUGACAGCUACUCAUGAGGCAGUUACUUUUUUCUGUGAUGCUAGCUGGGUUGUGAUGUUCUUAAUACUGUACCUGGUUUGAAGAUCAGGUCCAAAACGUGACCAGUUGUUUGGAUUGACCUGGUUUGAUGUGUGAAGUUCUUAGGGAAGCAUUACAAUGGUCUGUGUGAAUCAGUGUUUAUAACUGUUAAGUCUUUGGUAGCUAACUAGCCUUAAAUGCUCAUUCAACACCUUAUAAAUUCAAGAGGGCGUCUAAGGGAAGUGUAGAGCUCUUAGGCUCUACCUUCCACAACAAAUCUUGAUUUUCUUUUUGACCACUACUACCUGGAUUAUGAGUGCUCUGAGGCAGAGGCAAGUAUACAGCUGUACAUUAUGUUGUUUGUACCCCCAAAACACACUUACGUGAAUAAACACUUGUCCCACUUUUUAUCUGUGUAUCCAGAACAGUGCAAUUUAGAUGCUAAUCUAUAAUGCCUUGGAUACUUAGAAAGGAGGAAGAUAGCACCCAAACUGUCAGCAAAGUUCCUUGGGUGAAUCUGAUAUCUUUUAUUAGACCAACCCAAAUAGUUGGAAAAUAAUUAUUAAGCAAGCUUUUGGGUUCAAAAACCCUUCGUCAGGCUAAGGGAGUUUCGGCAGUUGGUAUGUGCUCUUCCUGGAUGGAAUGAAAAUAAUUGCUUAAUAAUUAUUUUCCAACUAUUUGGGUUGAUCUAAUAAAAGAUAUCAGGUUCACCCAAGGAACCUUGUCUGCCUGUGUCCUUAGACCAACACGGCUACAACCUACACCCCUGUAACUGUCAGCAAGUCAUUUUAGGCUUUUCCUUCCUGUCUAUACCCCAUAUAUCUGUACAUAGCUUACUCUAAUGCUCAUUUCCUGAUUUGGUUUGUUUAAAUUUCUUUGCUUCACUGAGGCAGGUAGGGUUUUUUGAGUAGAUGUCAUAUCUUUUAUUAGACCAACUGAGUAGUUGGAAAAAAGUUCUUAGCAAGCUUUUGGGCAUAUUCACCCUUCUUCAGGCAUAGGGAGUCUGGGAACAGGACUGAACUAGUUUUUAUGGCCUUGAAGGGUGGAAUUUACAUCCUUGUCAAAAUUAGUUUUUUGGAGGGAAGAUUUCUUAUCUCCUUUAACCAGUUUGUGAUGGUACUUGCCGUGAUCCUGUUUUCUUUUUACUUUAUUUUAUGGUCUUUGCUGAUAGGGCAGCUUUGGCUUUAAAACUUAAGGCACUCAAAAUAAAUGUCUCUUCCAGAACAGUUGGAUUUAAUACAUUUCAUUACAUCAAUCAUUACUCACAUUCUUAAGCAAAAGCUAUAAUAUACUGUGUUUGAAUGAUCUGUUAAGAUUUUCUUGGAUAAUCUUAAGCAUUUUGCUCUGUGUAAUUUGAUCUCUCUACUUUUUUCACUGGGCAUGGUAAUUGUUUUCUUUGCUUUAGCCCCCCUAGUUGUAAUGUGCACAAAGUUCACUCUUUGGUUAAUUGGAAAUGGGCUUUUUGGCCUUCUGUUUUAGUUGCCCUUCUGAACUUGUCUUAAGCCCCUUGAAAAUGGCCAAGUCUAGCAAAACAACACCAAUAUAGAGAGUCUAGAAAAAUCUGGAAGCUUUGAGCCAAUGCUAACUGUAUAGAAGAUAAUGUGGUUUGAGAUCAUAGAUGUGGAGGCUUCUAUCCCAAGGACAUUUGACAACCAGAUAUGAAAGUUAUUGUACAACGUAAGUUAAUUUCUAAGUAAUCUGAACCCUUUUUUAAAAACUGAAUUCAGGCCCCUAUUUAAAAGAUUUUGUGAGGUUGUAUAAAAUGUAGGCUGUUCAAAAAGAAACUUGAUAGACUGAGUGAAUUUUCCAGGCCUAGAGACGUGGUAUCCAUUUUUGGUUUGUGUUAAGCAAAUGCACAAAAAUACUUCCCAGGUGCUUCUGUUCAUCAUCACAGCUUUCUUACUACUAUGGUUAGAUGAAAUGGGAACGUUUUUUUUUUUAGAAUGAUAUGGGGAAAGUUUUAUGCAAAAUAUUUUAUUGUCAGUAGUUUUGUUGAGGUAAGAACUUUUUAAUGAGGUGAUCUCAGAAAUAUUGUGGUACUAAAAAGAAGGCAUUGUCUGUUCAUUUUAUAUUAAAUUCCAGAUGGUAUGUACAAAGAGUUCCUAAGCCUCUCACCAUUAUAAUACAAACUUAGAUUAAAAUCUGGUAAAACCUGUGGUUUGUUCAGCAAAGCACUGGGUCUCUUAAAGUUAAUCCUGUGCUCAAAUGCUUUGCUGCACUAUAGCCAUAAUGAUUAAAAAGAGGAUCUGAUUUGUAUAGGAUUAUUUGUCUACUUUGGUCCUGAUCCUGUGAGGCAUUGUAACCUCAGUUCCUGUUCCUGUUUGUUGCCCAGUCUAACUGUCAGCAGUUUCUCAAUACUGUAUGGUUUGGACAGAUGGCAGGCUACCGACGCAAACACACUUGUAAGAAGAUUUUGACUGUUUUGACAGUUGGCUUUUUUUGGCCAGUGCUGUCCCUCUGUUACUUGUUAGCUCCAAAAUCACGAGUAGGUCAAAUAAUUCACACUCCUUUUAUGAAGUUUAUUAUUCAUGGAGCUUCAUAUUUCACGUUCCUGUUGUUGCUUAACUUGUACUCACUUGUCUAUAAUGAAGCUAAGAAGAACACAAUGGGGCCAGCACUUGAGAGAAUAGAUUAUCUUCUGAUAAUAUGGCUUAUUGGAAUGGUGUGGUCAGACGUUAAAAGACUCUGGUAUGAUGGCUUAGAAGACUUCUUAGAAGAAUCUCGUAAUCAACUAAGUUUUGUCAUGAAUUCUCUGUAUCUGGCAACCUUUGCUCUCAAAGUUGUUGCUCAUAACAAGUUCCAUGGAUUUGGUGAGAGGAUAAAGUGGGACGCAUUCCAUCCUACACUUGUGGCAGAAGGUCUCUUUGCUUUUGCUAAUGUUCUCAGUUACCUUCGACUCUUCUUCAUGUAUACCACCAGCUCUAUCCUAGGGCCACUGCAGAUUUCAAUGGGUCAGAUGCUACAAGAUUUUGGAAAAUUCUUAGGGAUGUUCCUUCUUGUCUUGUUCUCAUUCACAAUUGGAUUGACCCAACUGUAUGAUAAAGGAUUUGCUGUCAGCAACGACAAGGACUGUACCGGGAUCUUCUGUGAGCAGCAAAGCAAUGACACAUUUCAUUCGUUUAUUGGCACCUGCUUCGCUCUGUUCUGGUACAUAUUCUCUCUAGCACAUGUAGCAAUCUUUGUCACUAGAUUUAGCUAUGGUGAAGAGUUGCAAUCUUUUGUGGGGGCUGUAAUUGUUGGGACCUACAACGUAGUGGUUGUGAUUGUCCUUACCAAGCUUCUAGUGGCAAUGCUUCAUAAAAGUUUUCAGCUUAUAGCAAAUCAUGAAGAUAAAGAGUGGAAAUUCGCUCGUGCCAAACUUUGGCUUAGUUACUUUGAUGACAAAUGCACACUGCCUCCACCUUUCAAUGUCAUUCCUUCGCCCAAGACCAUCUGCUAUCUCUUUAACAGCCUCAGUAAAUGGAUCUGCUCUCAUACGUCAAGUGGCAAAGUAAAACGUCAGAAUAGUCUGAAGGAAUGGAGAAAUUUGAAGCAAAAGAGGGAUGAGAAUUACCAAAAGGUGAUGUGUUGUUUAGUCCAUCGUUACUUGACCUCCAUGAGGCAGAAGAUGCAAAGCACAGAUCAGGCAACUGUGGAAAAUUUGAAUGAACUACGGCAAGAUUUAUCAAAAUUUCGAAAUGAAAUGAGGGACCUACUUGGUUUUAGGACCUCGAAAUAUGCUAUGUUUUAUCCAAGAAACUAGAGUCUGCAUUUUCACAGGGAAGUGUUUAACACUAAGCGCCUACAACUGAAAAUGUUGGCUUAAUUCUGACACUAAACCAAAUAGAAAAAAUAUUGUUGUGCACACAACAUUUGAAAAUGUUUGCAUAAGCUAUAGCGAAGAGUUGGAAAUUAAUGCAAAAGUCAAGUCAUUUUGUUGAAAUCCUUUGUGAAUGGUGUGUGAAGCAUAGUAUGUAAAAUAUGUAUAUAGUUUGGUUUUUUUUAAAGAAAUAUGUGGAUUGUGACCUGUCACAAUAGCUAGUAGGCUUAAGAUCUUCCUGGCUGGCAUGCAUAUUGCAUUUGUGUGUGUGUGUGUGUGUGUGUGUGUGUGUGUGUUCAUGUUCAUUUUGCUUGUUUUUUAAGAUGUGGGAGAAGAUGGUAUUUUAAAAUACUUCAGAAAGCACCAAGUUUAUUUUUAAUAGAAAUGUCAAAGUAGUAAAGUUGGUAAUUAUGAUUUUCUAAUUGAUUGCGAUAUAAACUUGAAGACUGCAUGAAUCUGGAAAAGACUACUACUACCAGAUUUUAUACAUGACAUUGACAGAAUGCUAAUAGCCAUGCAACCGAAAAUCAAAAUAAAUAUGAGAUUUUGAAGACUUUCCUAUAAAUUGCAGGUUGGUAGAGAUUGUUAAAAUUUUGGAUUUAAAAACCAAGUUCCACAGAUCAAUUUUAAAAGACUCCAAUCCUCUGCAAAAUGUGUCAAACAAAUCUUUUUCUUAAAUGAUUUUUCAUUUUGUAAUGAGUUUGUUAAUCUGGGGUAGUACUUGGUAUUCAAACAUGCCACUUUUCAUCUGCAUUACGAGCAGUUCUCUAGGUUGGGAAAAUCUAAUUUUUAACAAGAAUGAGUAGCACAUUAUGCCUUUGUUGUUGGAAGAUGUGCUUCCAGAAGGCUGUUUUAAUGGUGUUUUUUUUUAAACAUCCUAUAUUAAAUGUGUUUUGUCAUACUGCUUUAUUCCUGAAAUAACUGUUGGCAAGUUUGACAUGUUUCAUGUCAGGAAUAUUAUUAGACCUUGUAAUUAUUUGUGACAUUGAUUUUACAUACAAUGGAAAGCAAGGGCUUUGUGGGUUUUCUGUGCUGGGGGGAUACAGUUUAUCUUUUACACUAAUGUAUAAUUCGGGUUGACAAACUGUAAUUGAGAAAAUGUGAUGCUCUUGUAUUUUUAAUUACAAAAAACAUUAUAUUUAUGAUAGCUAAAGGAGUUAAAGGAUUGAUUGGCAGAAAUAUUGUGAAAGCAAUGUUUUAAAAAUGUGGAUAUCUGAUAAGUGUAUAUUUUAGUGCCAGAAGGCGCAGGCUGCUACAAUGAUCUUUUACCACAACCAAUCCUGUGGUUGACAGAGAUAAGGUUUAUGUCAGGGAUCCCUUCAAAGGGAAUUCUUACAGAAUUGUUUCUUGCAAAGGUGAUAUAUUUUCUGUACUAUUGAAUUAUGCAUAUUCCAAGAGGGAUUUAAAUAUUAGGCUUCUUGAAGUCAUACUGCCAUGGUAGUCUGAGUUGUCUAAUGAGUUUUUUAUUAUUUUUUUAUUUGAAUAAGGGUGUAGCCUCCUUUGUUCUAUGUAAAGAGGCUAAUCCAAUUCUUGAAUUUGGAAGCAAAUCUCAUAUUUGGACUAUGUACUGACAUAAAACUUUGUGCUGUAUAUGUUGUCAUGCACUCCAGAAGAGGAAACGGACAAAUAAAAAGCAAUUUGAAAAA